ACAAAGUCGAGCACUCAAGCCCCGCUGCAUGCAUAUAUAGAUACGACCAGAUCCAUCGAUGUUAUCACUACGCUCUUCAGCACUCACAACUAGACAUUCUUCGUCUCGUUGAUCCUGCGAAUAUAUUCGAUUCUACUAGCUACAUCGAUCUCUGGAAGAAGUUGAUCAUCGAACGAAGCUAGCUAGCUAGAUGGGGUCUCUGAUGGCUGGUUGGGAUUCGCCGGUUCUUGGCGAUGGCACCAAAGCUCGUGUGACGAGGAACCGGUCCCUGACAAAGGAGGAGGUGGAGGCUUUCUGGCGGCAGCGCGGGAAGCCGGCGCCGGAGGACGGCGGCGACGUCACCUCGCCGCUUGGCUCCCCUGGUCGACCUAUGGAGAAGAGCCCGCUGGGAAGCUCGCAGAGGAGCAGGUCACCGGCGUCGUCUCCGGUGUCUGGCGUACACGAGGAGACGAUCGGCGCCGCCGACGCCGGCAAGAGCCGGGACUGGUGGACGAGGAGCAACUGGGCCUUCCUCAACGAGCCGCCGCAGGAGGAGAGGCCGGGAACGGCGCACACCUACACGCCGCAGUUCCACGUCGCCGCCGGCAACGCCUGACCGGACAUGCUCGUAGAGUGUACGCAAUACUAGUAGUACCACGUCACGUCACGCUGCUGGAAUGCCUAGGGUAGGCCCUACUGCCUUGACCGUACCGCGCGGAGAUGCACAAUAUGUCCAUAUGGGGUCAUUUCCCUGUCAAAUAUCCCUUGUACAAUAGAUGUAUUGUAAAUGUAUAUGUAAGUUGCGUAUGUAUUAUGUAAGUAAAAUACAGAGUGAAUUUCAAAAACAUAAAAUUAUAUGAGUUUCUCGGA